CUUGAUCCAAACUUCUAUCUUCACACCUGUUAGUUUAUCACCUUGCUUCUUUACUUGAUAUAGAAGUUGGUGUUUCCCUUUUGAUAUGUUUCUUCUUCAAACAUCUUAGCGCGGACGCAUAGAAAAGUUUCUGGAUUAGGGCAGAAUUAACACAAAGCGGCGACGCCACUCCAGCUACACUCGCAAAACAACGCAGAAGAGGCACGAGGGGGACCAAGACACUCGAGCGAACGCCGCCUCAGAAAUACUUCGAAUCACAGCAAUCGCGAGAAAAGGCAGAACGAGUCCAUCCCAGAGAGAGUGAGAGUGAGAGAGACGGCAGCAGAGAGGCAGGGGAUCUUUGCCGACAAGGUCCUGAAGGAUGGAAGAGAAGCAGUUUGCCGGGAUCCUGAAUGGAGCAGUUCCAGGUGAGCCGGCGAAGAAGGAUGAAAACUCCCGGAGAGGGAACUGGGGGAACCAGAUUGAGUUUGUCCUUACCAGCGUGGGCUACGCUGUGGGCCUGGGCAACGUCUGGAGGUUUCCCUACCUCUGCUACAGAAAUGGAGGAGGUGCCUUCAUGUUACCCUACUUCAUCAUGCUGGUGUUCUGCGGAAUCCCUCUCUUCUUCCUGGAGCUGUCCUUUGGUCAGUUUGCCAGCCAGGGGUGCCUGGGAGUAUGGAAGAUCAGCCCCAUGUUCAAAGGUGUGGGCUAUGGCAUGAUGGUGGUGUCCACCUACAUUGGGAUCUAUUACAACGUGGUCAUUUGUAUUGCCUUCUACUACUUUUUCAUGUCCAUGACAAACUUGUUGCCAUGGACAUACUGCAACAAUCCCUGGAACACACCGGACUGCAGCGGUGUGUUGAACAGCAGUGUCACCGCCACCCUGGCUAACGCUACCAAGAGCCUGGUGGAAGGGGUGAGCGAGGUCGUCAACCGCACCAAGAGGACCAGCCCCAGUGAGGAGUACUGGAAACACUAUGUGUUGAACAUUUCUGAUGAUAUUGGGAACUUUGGAGAGGUUCGUCUCCCUAUUCUCGGCUGUCUGGCUGUGUCCUGGUUUGUCGUCUUUCUCUGUCUCAUCAGGGGUGUCAAAUCCUCUGGAAAGGUGGUGUACUUCACAGCCACAUUCCCCUACGUUGUUUUAACCAUCCUGUUCAUCCGUGGCAUCACCUUGGAAGGAGCCAUCAACGGCAUCAAGUACUACCUGACUCCCCAGUGGCAUAAGGUCCUUGAUGCAAAGGUGUGGGGAGAUGCAGCAUCACAGAUCUUCUACUCUCUGGGCUGCGCAUGGGGCGGUCUCAUUACCAUGGCUUCCUAUAACAAGUUCCACAACAACUGCUUCAGAGACAGCAUCAUCAUCAGUAUUACUAACUGUGCGACCAGUGUGUAUGCCGGCUUUGUCAUAUUCUCUAUCCUGGGCUUCAUGGCACACAACCUGAACGUCCCAGUGUCCGAGGUGGCAGACCAUGGCCCGGGCCUGGCUUUUGUUGCUUACCCAGAAGCCCUCACUCUGCUCCCCAUCUCACCUCUCUGGUCACUGCUCUUCUUCUUCAUGCUCAUCCUUCUGGGACUGGGGACUCAGUUCUGUCUUUUGGAGACUCUGGUGACGGCCGUCGUAGAUGAGAUCGGAACAGACUGGAUCAUAAGGAACAAAACCGUCGUCACGCUGUCGGUGGCCGUAAUUGGAUUUUUACUUGGAGUGCCACUUACAACACGGGCAGGAAUCUAUUGGUUGCUACUGAUGGACAACUACGCUGCUAGUUUCUCUCUUGUCAUUAUCUCCUGCAUCAUGUGCAUCUGCGUCAUGUAUGUUUACGGCCACAAGCAAUACUUUAAAGACGUUGAGAUGAUGCUGGGCUUCCCUCCUCCUCUCUUCUUCAAAGUCUGCUGGAGAUUCAUCUCCCCUGUCAUCAUCUCUUGCAUCCUGAUCUUCACAGUGAUCCAGUACAAGCCCAUCACCUACAAUGAUUACGUGUAUCCCAACUGGUCUCUGGGUAUCGGCUUCUGCAUGGCAAUGUCCUCAGUGGUUUGCAUACCCAUUUAUGCCCUCUACAAGAUCUCAAGGUCCCCAGGAGCCACCUUCAGAGAGCGGUUGAAGUUCGCUUGCCGGCCACAUCCAAAGUGGGGCCCUGCACUGAAGGAACACCGGACAGGCCGCUACGCCCCCCUGGCCUCCGAAGAAACUGUGGAGUCUCGUCCCCUCAAGGAGAAGGAGGAGCUGAAGGAGGAGCAGAAGGAAGAGGCGAAGGAGGAGGAGGAGAAAGAGAGGAAGGAUGAUAUCAGCCUCACCAUCCAGGGAAGCAACGGCUCCACCAACACAACACACAACAGCCCCAACCCCAGCGCAUAGACGGCACCCAGUUCUGUCAGCGCUUUCCAGGGCAGCGCCCCCACAGUACUCCACCAUCUCUUCCUUCUCUUCCUCCCUUCUCCUCCAUCCUCACCCCACUUUCCCACAGUCCUCUGUGGGGGAGAUCCCAUUCGCUGGAGACCUUUACAUAUUGUAAGGGCUUAUUAUAUCUAUCCUAACCUCUUCUGUCUAUCUGCGUGUUGUCUCUAGAAAAAACGAAGAAGAAGAAAAAAGACGAAAGGAAAAUAGUUGGGUCGUCAUCCAAAAGAUUUGUGUGUAUAUUAGUGUAUGUGUGGGUGGGUUGUUAAUUUGUUACACAUAAUUUAAUAAUUCAGUUUGUUUUUCCUUUCAUUUUUUUUUGUAAAACUUGUACAUCUUCAUAUGCCGUUAGAGGUACAGUCCUUUUGUGACGCUGUUUGUUUUGUGCAUGCAGCAACAUAGAGACACACACUGUUCUCCUUUAUUCUGUUAGCCUUGUCUGUUUAGGGACUGGGGCCUUUCUAGCAGCAGUGUUUUGAGAGCCGGAGACUUGAAAUGUGCUACACAUUAGUGCUGUAGUAAAGAGGAGCAGGGUGAACUGUGCCUGAACCGGCCAUUUGCAGUUUGAUAAUGCGGUAGAAUGGAAAACGGUCAGGAAAAGACGCGGAUACAUUCGUUGUACAUUUUACAGCACACAGUGACCUCAACCAUAGUUGAUCUCAGCUUAAAACUAAACUUGUUAUUUUAUGCUGCUUCUUCUUCAAAAAGUUCUUACAGAGCACACAUAUUUAACACCUGAGAUGGCGACUGACACUGAUUUUCUGUGGAAAUGUCCUCCAUGUGUAACUUGUUUUCCCACUAAAGCUGCUUAAACUUUGUAAACUAAGCAGAGGUAUAUCAGUUAACAGUGCUGUAUUCUCUGCCUCCACAUUCAUACAUACAGACACACACACACACACACGCACACGUUUAUUGUUGUUCCUUGCCUGUGGAAACCUUGUCUCAACUAAGGUGGCCUGUUACAUUUAUACGGAUCGAAACCACUUAACUUGUCCCCGCUGCCUAAAAUCACCCAUACAUACACAUGAAACAUACAGAUGCAACUCUGUUCAUAGGAGAGCCAUCCCUCCUUAAGUCUUCCAGGCAUUAUUUUUGAGUGAAAUGCAUCUUGGGAUGUGAAGGAGGUUCCGGGCUAGAAGACGUAGCUAGGUGUGUCGUAGUCUGUGUCUCCCGUGGGUCAUAGCAAUCUGCCCCAUUAAGGCAUGUUACCAAAAACAUUACCUGAGUUACCUGCACAUGUUUUUGGCAACAUUAUAUACUGUAUAUCUGAGAAAGACUGCUAUGGUGUCAGUAUUUUACAGUCAGUGGAACCUUUAAUGUAUUUACCGGCAUUUAUUUUAAAGCUCUGAAUCAAGCUGUGACUGGUUGAGGGACAAAAAGCUGAGAGAGAUGAGGCUUUUUGCCAGAAGAAUACACUAUAAAAAAUCUUAAAUGAAUGAUGUAGAUUUAAAUGUAGCUGUAUAGUAUCGUUCUCUCAGUAGAAUUCUCCUUUUUACCUCUGUUUAUUGUAAAGUAACUUAGUAAAUAAUUAUAAAGACAGCAUAUGUUUAUUUUGUACAAAAAAAAAUGUAAAACUACAGAAUACAUAAUUAACCAUGUUUACCAUUCCUCAUCUGUGACUUUCAUUGUGGUUUUGUUUUGGAGGGUGUAAUGGGACAGAGAGGGGGUCUCUAUAGCAUGCACAAUAGGGUUGGUUUUGGAAACUGUGGUCAUAGAAGUUUCUGGCAGUCUAAAUACAGAACAAAUAUGUGAUAAGAGUUGUGUUAUUUGUCAUCUGGAGAGCUGUGUGAAGAUCACAUGUUCCUCUGUCUUUUCAUCUGAAGAUGCUUUUGUUGGACCCUUUCGGGUGGCAGUGAGAUGCUUUUAGCUUUGCAGGCAAGGAGGAUUUUUUUUUGGAUUGCAUCAGGUCUGGCUGUAAUGUUCCUUCAUGUUCUUCUUUAUUGUGAGCUGUCAAAUCACCAAUAUUAUCAAAGAAGUCUGGAGAACUACAGAGCUACAAUAACUGUAUUCGCAUUUGUGGCAUAAAACAUAAAUUGUUUGUGUUUACAACAUUGUUAUGGGUAGAGAGACUUAAAGGAGUAUACUACUAGUUUUAAAUGUAUUGCUGGGAGUUAGCUGAGAAGUUUGAGAUACUACUUGCACGUGUCUACAGUAAAUAGGAAGCUUCAGACAGCACCUGGCUAGCUUAGCUUAGCAUAAAGACUGUAAAGACUUUAUACCAAGCUGAGCAGAUAGCUCCAGCUUCAUAUUUCACUUACAGUCAUGAGAAGGUAUCAAUCAUCAUUUCCAAUUCUAAGAAAUCAAGCUAAAAAGUAUAUUUUUCACAAAUAGUUUCUAUAUGUAAAUGCAUAUCAGGCAUUUCAAAAGUGUUCAGAAAUAAUGAUGCACAACUUCAGAUUAUAUCAACACAUUGUCUGCUUUCUUUGACCACUAUUCCCCACAAUGAUUUACUUGACAGUGCACUUGCUCCUGUGAUCCACAAGAUGGGGUGAUGCUGACACUCAGGGUAGUACGCACAACAGAGGUGGAACUGUGAACUUAAGAAAAAAAAGCCAAUCAACACAGAAAGGGUUACAUAUUAAGGCAGCAACAAAGAGUGGUCAAUGCUAAGCACAGAAGUUCAAAUGAAUCAUGAUAAGCGCAGUGAGCAUUCUGAAAAAGCACACAUUUCUAAGUUUUUAACAGGCUUUGUUUAGAAAUGCACACAGCACAAUGGCUGUUCCCAUAGAUGGAGAAUUAUAGCCUUGGUAGUUAGUUGUCUUUUUUUUUACAUUCUGGUGCUCUAUCAAACAAUACAUUCACCACCUAUUAAUUUAAACAUAUUACGUUGCUUAAUCCAACUCAAAAUUCCGAUCUAAGGAGUGUCGCACUUUUUUGUUGAAAAGGUCAAUAUGAAGUUAUUAUUCUCAGUGCAUAUUUGGACAGCUUGCAGACCAUUUCCUGUUUGUGGUUGCCUGUCUCUCCUGUUCAUGCUGUAGUUGGUGAGGCUUAACCACCAUGUUUCCAUGCCAUCCAUCGCUCUACAUACCCAAAACCUCUUACCAUUACUCCGCUGCCCCCACAGCUCUUCCUCCUUUUGUACAGUAAUGUAAAAAAUAUAUAAUCGGACUGUGUAUGUGUGUGUUUAUCCUUGCUUUUAUUUCGAGGGGGGGUAAGUGUGUUUUUGUGGGUUCAGGGAGGGCGGGUAAUGUUUCAUUUUGUUUUAUGAUUUGUCUUUUUUCUUGUAGUGUAAUGUAGACGACGUCAGGUGUAUUGUGUACUGUGUGUGUAGUGGAUUUGCUCGUACUGCUGAGCCUGCAUGUAGAGCAGGAGUAGUGUAAGUGUUGAUGUCGAUGUACCUCUAACCUAUCAGAACUAGCCACGUCUUAUUCUGCUAAUAAUAUAGUCUAUCUUUUAAGAAAAAAAAACACAUUUUGUACUAAAAGAAGAGAAAGAAAACUACAUAUUUUACUUUCAGAUUUUAAUCAUUGUCCAAUGUUAAAUGUCACUACAUUUUUUUUUUUUUUGAGUUGUAUUCAGUGAAAUAUUAAGAUAAAGCCAGCUAAUAUUAAAAAAGCAUUUCCAAACAAAAGCUUUGGAUCGAAACUUGAACUACAAAAGAAUGGUUAGUUUUUAAGGUGAGCUCUGGUGUAGAUGGCGGCUGCAGCUUCAUGACGAUGCUUUUUUUUUUAAAGAACAAUGUCACGUGAACUUAAAGCUACAUUUUACACAGUGCAGUGCCAACGGUCGUAUAUUACUGUUUAAUAUUCAGAGGCCCUUAACUGAACUUUUUUUUGGCUAGCUGUUACAAUAUUAGCAAAAAUCAAAACACCAAAUUUACUCAGCCUCUAACAUUGAAUUAGCAUCAGGACCCAUUAACUCACAUUUUAAUUCUUGUGCAGCUCUGAAUUAUAAUAUCAGGACAUCAUUUUGUUUUAUGUUGACAAUUCAAACAAUUAUGUGCCAUCUAUGUAUCAGACAAGGGUACGGUGACUAUUAUAUUUUGAGUUAUUUCUCUUGUUGGUAAAGUAAACUUUCAGUUAUCUGGCUACCAAAAGAGAAGGACCAAUUACGUCCUACAGGAGACUUCAAAAAAAGAUCAACACAAUUUAAAAUAGUUCAUAACUGACCCAUGUAUUCAGAUACUUAUAUACUAUUGCCUAUUUUCAUUGUACACUGAAGUGGCCAUGAAGAAAGUCACUGAUGUUGAAGAACUACAUGAAGCUUUGGACCAUUUUUAUACACAAAUUCACUACACAAGUGUUCUACUAUACUAAAAAACUGUGACUUCACCUUGUUUCUGUGGUUCUCCAUAAAUUACAGAACAUUACCUCUUGAAUUUCUUACUACUGCUCAUACAAACAUACCAUUAUGUUUCAGCACUUUAAAGACGUCAUUUGUGUUUUUUGUCUAAGCAACAGGAAAAAACAUAAUUAGAAUAUUCAUUUAAAAAAAGAAACCAAGUUGGCUAAAUAAUGUCUUACUUUCAGUGGUCUGUUUGAAAUAAACUGUGCAGGUGUCAAUGGACAAAUGCUGUGUUGUUGCUAUGCCAAUGUACAUUGUUUCAUGGGAGGAGUGGAGAGAAAAAGCACAAGUGAGAUGGAGAACACAGUUCUUCUGGUAUCCUCUAUCAUAUCUAUCUGUCUAUCUAUCUAACCAUGACUGUUCUUCCUGUUCUUCAACCUUUAGGGCCAAAAUCCAUUGAAAUGUCUUAGUCCUGUCAGCUGUAUAUCGUAAACUGUUGAAUUACAAAAUGGUAAAUAAAAUCUAUUUUAAAGAUCA